ACAGCAAGAUGCUCUGGCGCUGGGAUUACCUGAUCUUGAGUAUGCUGCUCCUAGCCGAGUUCAGCCAGCUGGGCGAGGCGGUGGCGAAUAACAAACUAAGGCGGAACAGGCAACUGAGAAGCGUUAAGGCAGGCCAGUUGGCAGCCAGAAGAACCACCAACCAGGCCAGGAACAGGAAUACCAACCGAUCGACAGUAGGCACCAAGAAGCUCAACCAGCAAAGGAAAGCAACCACAACCGCCAGCAAAAACUCGGCCAAGAUCCAAUCCAGGAUUGUGGGAGGCACUACCAGCACUAUUUCUACAGCCAAGCAUCUGGUCCAGGUGCGUCGUGGCUCCAAUCUCUGCGGCGGUUCUCUCAUCGACGAGCAAUGGGUCCUUACCGCUGCCCAUUGCGUCAGGGGAUACCCAGCCUCGGACUUCAGUGUACGCGGCGGCACCACCACUCUUGAUGGCAGCGAUGGAAUCGUACGCUCUGUAGACUCCGUGCAUGUGGCGCCCAAGUUCACCACCGCCAAGAUGAACAUGGAUGCGGCGCUGCUUAAACUGAAUCAGUCCAUGACGGGCACUAAUAUAGGAACCAUCACCAUGGCCACCUCCCAGCCCAAGGCAGGCUCAAAGCUAAGGGUAGCGGGUUGGGGUGUCACCUCGGAAGGCAGCUCAUCGGCCUCCAGAACCCUAAGGGCGGCCCAGUUAAAGGCGGUGAAGAGGAACAGAUGCAAGAACCUAUAUCGCGGGAGGGCCACCAUUACGAAUUACAUGAUCUGUGCCACCGGAGCUGGCAAGGAUUCGUGCAGCGGCGAUUCGGGCGGUUCAUUGUCCAGGAACAGCACCUUGUAUGGUAUUGUUUCCUUUGGGUAUGGCUGCGCCAGAUCCCGGUAUCCUGGUGUCUACACAGCCGUAAAUGCCAUUCGUGAUUGGGCCAACAACGUAAUGGCCAACAAUUGAGGUUUUUACACAAGGAAAGAUCACUCAGUAAAUUAUAUUUUUUAAAUGUUUUGUAUUAUUUAGAUCUUUAAAAAUGCAUUUGGCUCUUUUCUUUGUAUUAAUUAAAGAUGUAAAGAUGACUUUUUUAACUAAGAAAACAUAGUUUUGAUCUAAAUGUAUAUUAAAUUCCUUAAUUGAUAUGAAAAUAUAUUAAUAUUAAUUAAGAUAUACCAUAUUUUUGCAUCUUAAUUUGAUAUUUAAGGCCACUUUUUGACCCUCAUGAAAUGUGAAUAUUCUCUUUUGUUUAUAAAGUCUGAAGGACACUUGAUGUUAA